AUGCUUGGUCCAUGCUUCGUCGCAGUGUCGCUUUUCACAAUAGCGAUGUGUUGCGUGUGUUCAUGGAGGCGAUCGCGACCUUGGCUUGCGGUUGGCGGCGUCGUUUCUGCCGCAAUGGCCAUCGCUUCUGCCAUCGGACUGCUGUUACUGCUUGGAUACGGCAUGACUAGCGUCGCCUAUUCGAUGCCUUUUAUCGUCUUCUGUACGACCUUUUGUCAUUUCUUUUUUUGCUUACAAUAUUUCUUUGUCUUUCUGGUGUUGGACGAAUGCAUUUACGGUUGGGCUUUAUUAUACAUAUUGGCGGAAAUAUCCGAACAGCGGCACUUCCAGUUGCCCUUGCAACCUUAG